AUGGCGGUGGCGCAGCACGAACUAUUGGCGCUGUUGUUCAUUUCCAAACGUAUGUACAGUAUUGAUGUGUACACGUCGGUUAGUAUAAUGUUAAAUUUGUUUUCGUCGCAGUUUACAUUUCGACCUUUUAAAAAAAUUUUAAAUUUUGCAUUAGUUUAUAUACAGCAGCGCCACGACGGACAACUCAAACAGCUGAUUGUUUUUUGUGAACCCACACUACGCCACUUCAAUCUCUGUAACCGGUGGUGGAGAAAUAUUCCGUCGUUUUUGUUGUAUACAAACACACACACACACAUACACACACGCGCGCACACACACACACGCGCACACACACACACACACACACACGCGCGCACACACACACACACACACACACACACACACAACAAACACACGAACCGAUUCACAAAAACCGUACCGUCUGUUUUUACGCGUUAUUAGGCUAUCAUUCGCAAACGAUUGUCAUCGGCUAGUAUCGACUUAGUUAUUCGGCUUUCUGCUAUUAUUAUAAUUACAAUUACAUAUAACGCUUACAUACGCGAUUUUCACGGUGUUUUUAUUGUUAAUUGCAAUCGUUUAUCGGGUCGAGUAAGUGUCGGUCUUUCGAUUGCGCGCAAUAGGUCUUGUUAGAUGACGUUCGGGUGUCAACACGAACACGUACUUGUUAUCGCAAUUUUAUCGAUAGACGAUUUUUAUUCACCAAUUUUGCCACUAUAGAACUGUAUGAAGAAGACGAAUUGAUGGUAAUCAUUUUUACGUUCCUGGCCAUUAAUAAUUAAUCGCAUAUUUUUUUUUACGAUUUUAAGUAUUGUUAUUUUUUGAUUGCCAAGGUGGAGAAUCCAAGCAUUCGAUUGAAGCCAAAAGUAAAGAUUUGCCAAAUUUGCGAAAAGUAAUUGAUGAGUUGGAAUAUUUAAAAAUUCAGAAACAAUAAGUGGAAAAGUUUGAGGCUUUGUAUUAUAUGCUGGACACAAAAAAGUAAGUAUUCUUUGUUGUUUACUUUUAUGUUGAAUAUUUUGAAAUUCUGAUGUUUUUCCCUUAUCUAAUAAGCAUAGGAAAGCAAGCAAAUAAUUGUAAAACAGAAGCUUAAAAAAUAUGAAUACACUCAACACUAAUUAUUUUGAAAAGUAUUGACUUUAUUUGGAAUUUUCUUUUAGGAAAUUAGUUCCAAUAAACAAAAAAAAAUGUAUUGGUAUAUUAUUCUUAUAAAUAAAAUUUGAAUUCAUAAAAAAAAAUAUCAUUAUAGGUUUCUGGUAUUAAAAAUAGGGGUUUUCAUUUAAAAAUCAAAAGUUGAUUCUUCAUUUAAGGCAGAUCCAGAGAUUAGAAAUAUCAUGUUAAUAAAAAAUUUAAGAUUUAAUUAAUUUCCCAAAAGAAAAUUCAAAAAAAGUGAAUAAUAUUCAAAAUAACAAAUAUUGUGUGUUAAAUGAAUAAGUCUGUCUGUACUUAUAUAGGUAUUAGUUUAUGAUAAAUAUGUUUCCAUAUUUUCAGUUCAAUAAAUCUAUUUAUUACAUAUUAUACACAGUGAACAUUAUACAUUAUCCCAUUAUUAUAUAUAAUAAUUAAACCUUCUGUUUAGUUCAAUAAAUAACACAUUUUUAAAUUGUUUUAUUAAACUGAAACUUUUAUGACAAUAAAAGAGACACAUUGUGUCAAUUAUCAUAAAUAACCAGUCAUUAAUUUGCAUUAAUAAUCAAUAGGUAAGCAGAUAUAAAAAAAUUAAUUUCAAAAGUUAAAAAUUUUUUUUUAUCAUAGUGCAAAAUAGUACUAAGUAUACAAUAUACAGCAUACAUUACUUUCAAAACUUUUCCUUAAUCUAAUUUUAAUCCACCUGAAAAUAUGUUACCCUCUAGGAUCACCCUUUUUAUAUAUUAAUUUAUGGUUGUUGCAUUUUUAACAAUCCAGCGAAAACUAAAUAGGUACCAAUUUAUGAUCAAAUAGAAAAUAUAACCUACAUGGUGUUUAAAUGCUAUGUUUUACUGAAGCAAUACUAACUACUAAAGUUUCCAAUAUAAACAAAAGCUUAUUAUGAGAAAAAUACUUUACCACAUUCCUCAAUGGCACUAAAUAUAUCUUGAGGAAUUUCAAUCUCUAUAAUAAUUAUGUAAACUUUAAAUUAUUAAUUUAGUUAUUAAUUCUAAUAACAUUAUUAUUAUUAUAAUUAUUAUUUUUUUUUUUUUUAGUGAGGGAAGGGAGUCUUAUAUGCGAAAUCAAAUGAUUUUACAGUGUACUUUUAUAUAUUUUCUUAGUGUGAUACAAAUUACAGACAUUUGAAGAUGAUAGGCAAUGAGUCGGGGCGAUUGUCCCAUUCGUCCCUCCCCUGAGGACACUUCUGAUAUAAACCCAUGUCAUAACAAAUUUAUUUUUAAGAACCUAAUAAUAUUAACCUCCAAGGGUUCGAAUUUUUAUGAAACUGCAUAUUUUUUUUCAUUUUUUCAAUACGACAAAUAUUAUUCCAUUAAAAUCCUUAUCCUUAAUUCAAAUUCCUUCGAAUUCAAACAAUUUAACUGUUACUGAUAAAAUUGCAUGAUGUAAGAACUAAUGCUGACCCGGAUAAAAAUUGUAUUCAUUCUGAUAUUACAUUAAACUCAUUUAUGUGUACAAUAUGUAUAAAAGCAUUUAUUUCAUAUAAAUUUACAAUAAAAGCGUUAAAAUGUGAUAAAAUGGUUUAUUAAUAUUUUCAAACCGUAUGAUUUUUUUGGUUCAUAUUUCGUUUUUAAAAAUGUCGAUUAUGUACUGAAAUAUGCAUUUAUAUUCUUAAAAUCCAAAAAUAUGCAUUUUAAAUACAAAGUAAAAACAGUAUUAUUUGAUUCAGUAGAACAUGAAUCAAAUUUGUAUCCAGGUCAGCAUUGAAUUGGAAAAAUAGAAAAAAAAUAUGCAGUUUCAUAAACAUCCAAAUUUUAAUUAUAAUCAUACUUUACAUAAUACUAAACCUUUAUCACGCUUAAACCAAAUCUCAUUUUUUACUAGGAGGAAUUGGAUGCCAAGAAUCGUAAUCAAUUGGAUAAAUAUGAACACAAAAAUAAGUACAUACUAAAUUUGAAAUAUUAUUCAUUCGAUAUUGAAUAUAUGGUGUUUAAUGAAUUGUACUUGUAAUUUUUUUCUUUUUCAGGUGUUCAGAAAUUAAUUUGACAUUAAAUAAAGAUGAUCUUAAACUAGACAGUAUAUCUGAAAUUCCUAAUAAUUUGGCCACAUCAAGUAAUAUUGAAAAUUUGACUCAUUAUAAUUAACUUAAGAGUGUUGAUUAUGAUUUUUAAAGUAAAAAUGAAGUAGUAAUUGAACAUAUUAAAAAUGAUAAAUCAUCAAUUUAUGUGAAUAAACAAGUAUAAAAAAUAUAAAUAUUGAGCCUGUUAAGCCUCCGGCAUUGCCAUCGCCUCUACCAUUAGUAGAUCUAAUGGAUUUUGGAAGAACAAGAUUUGAAUUAGCUUUAUCUAAGGAAACCAAAUAUUGAUAAUUUACUUCAUGAAAAUUUACCAUUAUCGCUGCACCCCCAACUACAACCUAUUGUUAGUUCAGUACUAAAUAAAUCAUCAACUGUUUAUGAUAAAUUAAAUAGUGACAUAAACGGAUUUCAUAAAAUUGGUUAUUCAAACGAUUCUAAACAAAAGUUUGUCACAGUAUUAAAUUCAGGCAUAUUAAUUGAUCUUGAAAGUUCAAAAGUGCUUCGUUCUUCAUUGCUCAUGGAAUCAAUAAGAUCAGUUGUUCCAUCAAAGGAGAAAAGUUCCGAUGGAAAACAAUUUCAACCUCCAUCUUUUCAUCAUUAUGAUCCACAAAUUAUAAAUAAGCCUUUGUUGAAUAAUGAAAAUAAUAGCCUUUGUAGACCAAGAAAAAUGAUCCCAGUUCAAUCCAAUAUUAACAAAAAAACUGAUAUAAAAACUACCAAACCCAGGAAGACUGAAUUAGAAAAACUUUAUGCUGAUAUUAGUGUAAUGUUUUGCUGUGAUGGUGUGUUAAAUAUCCCUAACAUUCGACAUUGUAGACAAAAUAAACAAAUCAAUUAUUGUGAUACUAAAACUGUAGUAUCAUCAAAAAAAAAUAGACAUUUAACUAUUGAACAAAUAGAUGAUCAAACUAAUAAGUUAAUUAGUGAUGAUAAAAUAUCAAAAAUGUAUAAAAGACAAACAAAUAAAUCACAAUUAAAAACUAAAAAAAUAUUGUGUACACACAAAAAGUAUACCAAAAAAACAAAAAAAAUAAUGAAUUUUGUAUUGAGUAAAAAAUCUGAGUUGAACAAUGUGUCUGAUAAUAACAAGGAAGAAACUAUUCAAGUGAAAACUUUAAAAGUUUUAACGCCAGAAGAUUAUAAGGAUAAAUCAUAUUUUCAAACUUUUGAUAAUAAUAUGUUAGAAUGUAAAUUAUGUAGUUAUAAUGAUAAAGGACCAAAAAUUGUGCGCCAUUAUAAAGAAGAACAUUCUGUUGAAGAAAUGUUACCCUCCAGGAUAUCCGUAGACGUAGCUGAAAUAUUGAUAAAUGAAUCUGUGAAAGAAAAUUUUGGAAUUUUAAAUGUUCAAAAUUUAAAGCCAUUAUGGGAUGUGGUAUUUAUUAAUACCAUUUUUAAAUGUGUUUUUUGUCAUUCUAUCUUCUAUGAUAUUACAUGUUAUUAUGAUCAUAUUACUUGUCACACUGGUGAAUAUAGAUAUCAAUGUAAAUUGUGUAAAAUGACUUACCCAAAUGUAUUUGAGUUAGAUAAACAUAUUUCAAAGCAUUCUAAUUAUGAUAAAUCUGAAGGAAUUUCCCACACGUUACAUUCAAUUCCAUUAGGAAUUAAUAAAAUUUUUGGAUAUUUAUGUCCGUUUUGUUAUUACAUACAACUAAAUUACAAAAGAAUAGUGAAUCAUAUGACAGAAUGGCAUUCUAAUGAAGAUAAAAAGUUUAAUAACUAUUGGACUAUCUUACGAGUUAAUAUGUCUAUUGGAGAUGAUGAGUACACAAAUGCUAUAGUAGAUUAUAGCAAGUUGGUUGGAUGUUUACCUCCUGUCUUAAAUGAUAGAGUGAUUUUAAAAGAUGUAAAUCGAAAAAUCCAAACCCCCCAAGAAACUAGUGUGUCAACACAAGUCACACAAAAAAAGAAAUCAAUGAAAGAUGCAGAAUCUCCAGGGAUAACAUUAUAUACCAAAGAAGAAGUACAUUUGCCAAAAUUAAAUAAACAUCAUUCUUCACCUGAAGAUACAAUUCCACGUGAGUAAUUAUUCAUAAUAUAAACCAGAGAUUAUAUUCAUAAAAUUAAAAUAAGCAUUAAUUAAUACAAUUGUUUUACACGUUUUUAAUGAGAAAUUCACUAACAUUGCUGAUGAGUCUAUAAUUGAACAUCGGGAGUACACUAUAAAAUCCAAUUAUAGAAAAUUAUAGAAAAAUAGUCAACGCAAAUAACAUUUUGGGUGAAUAAUUAAGUAUAACUUAGUAUAAUAAUACGGAAUUUCAAUUUUGUCAAACUAUAUUUGUAAACUUCUUAGGGAAUGACUUUUAAACAGUUCAUGAUAUAACAUCGCCCAAAAUAUUGAUACAUUCCCCAUUCUAUGUAUUUCAUCUAUUUCACAUGGAAUUUUCACAAUUUGUGAAAGAUUGUUUAAAGGCAAUUUUAGCUAAUCCUCGAGUUACCUAUGAUACUAUCUCUCAAUGCUUUUCCAUUUUGUAAUAAGUAUCAUUAUAUUGUUUAUACAGUACCUUCCAUUGGAACAUCGAAAAAAAUGUUUGAAAAAAAUAACAGACAAAAUGAAUAUAAGAGACAAAAAUUAUGCAAUAAAGUAAGUAUAAUUUUAUAUCAACAACCAAAAUAAAUAUGUAAUACAAAAUAUAAACAAUUUUUUGUUUGUUUGUAUUAUACUUUUAUUUUAUUGCAAAUUAAUUUUUACACUAUUCCUUAUGCACUAUUAACUUAACAAAAUUAUAUAAUUAUAUUGUAUUAUUCAGAUUACUGAUGCAGGACGGCUAAACAUACACUCCAGUAAUUUGAUGGGUAAAACAACAUACAAACAGAAACACCAAGCUUUAGAAAGUUUCGAGCCACAUUUUAGACCUCCUUGUAGAGAAAUUCCUGUCAAAUCAAAUGAAAAAUCAACAGAAAAGUCUCCGGUAGAAGCUCAUAGAAAUUUUGGAAAUGAUUUUAAAGAGGAAGAUAUUUUAGGAACAACACGUAAAAAUAAAUUUGACCAACUAAUCAAUCUGUCUGCCAGUUCAUUUAAACCUAUGAACUAUGAAAAGGUAAACAUUUUUUUUUUUUUUUUUGUGGCACUAAAUUCUGUAACGAUUUAUGUUUCGUUUAUACAAUGCAACUGUUGAAAUUAUAUUACAGACGAGAGUUGAAGAGUGGAAUAAAAAAAUUGUUGUCAAAUCUCCCAUCAAUAACUUAAGAGAUGAGUUAUUUCCACAGUUUAUUCCACAAAAUAUACGUUUUCAAUGUCCAAAGGAGAAUUGUAAUCAACAAUUUCUUUGGAAUGUAGAUUCACUCAAGACACACAUAUCAAUCAUUCAUAAAGACUACAAAUUUUAUUUGUGAGUAACUUAUAACUACAGUAGAAACUCGAUUGACCUUAACUCUCUGUUAUCCCUCAUCGUCAAAAAAACAAACCGUACAACAUUUUUGUCAUCGCGUUAAAAUUCGCUGCAGUAUGAUCACCAUAAAGACAUUCGUGGGUAUAAAAAAAAAAGUUUGUGAUAUCCGACAUGUUUUAAACCCAAAAAUAUAAAAUAUAACAAGUCCGACUAUGUGCUUACUCUCUUACAGUUAGACUUAUACAAAACUAUUUUUCUAGAAUUUAUGACUAUAAAACCGAUAGAUAUCUCAAAGAGAUAUCUAACAGUUAAAUGUUAUUAAAUAAUAUUUCUCAUCCUUUUAAUUAAUCUUGGUGAGGGUAGUAAAUGGAAGUGGAACAAGUUGUUUUUUAUCAUUACUGAUUUUAGUAUUUAGUAGCAUCCGAUAACAACAGUUGACAUGUGAAUUUUUUUCUAUUAUACUUUUGUCAUUUAAUUUGCCGUUCAAAUGAAAUUAUUAAUCUUAAAUAAUACAUUUUGUAUAGCUUAGGUGUAGCUUAUAAGUCUCUGGAAACAAUGUACCAUACCUAAAAUUUAAUGUUUCAUUUUUUCACAGUGUUAAAGGUAAAUGUUUGUAUGAAUCAAUACGAUAGGACAAUUUACGACUUACGAAUGUUGUGACUUGAAAAUAAAGUAACUUUAUUUUUACUGAGUUAACUAUACAAUACGGGAUUUUGUCAGUUUUUAAUAUAAUGUUUUCUAUACAUUUCAAAAACAUUUAGAUAGUGGGUAACAUUGUUCAUUGUUGGGUCAACUUUUUUUUAAUUUCUAUCUUAACUUUUAACUAAUCUAGUUAAUUAUUAUUAGUUGUUUAAUUUAAUCAUAAUCCAAAGGAAAAAUUAUUGAAUUAACUUCACUUGCCGCUUUUGAUUGUUUUCUUUCACUUGCCCACUUUGGUAAAAUAUAAACCUUUAUUCCAGAAUUCUCUGUUAAUUGCCAUAGUUCUUGGCAUAAUGGUGAUGGUAAUACGAGGUUUUACUCUACUGUAUUUUAAAUAGUUUUGAACAAAACGUAUUUUUUUCAUAGAUGUCCACAUUGUUCACCAAAUUCAAUCCACACUAGAGAAGUCAAGUUAGAUAACAUCGAUUUUCAUUUAUUAUGUCACACUGAGAACUUGUAUAAAUGCCAAUAUUGCAAUUAUAUUGACUUUAAUAGAGUUGAAAUGAGAAAACAUAUGAGAAACGUCCAUCUACCACUUACAGUUAGAGAAAAUCAAUCCCAUAUAACUGUAAUCAGACAAUCAAAAAAUGAAGAUUAUUCUAUAAAUAGAAUUAAAACCCAAGGUAUAUUUUUUUUAUUACAACGUUAAUUUAUAAUAUCCUUAAUUAUAUUUAGUAAUUUAUUUUAAAAUUCAAUUGUCUGUAGCUCAAUGGAUCUGUAAUAUAUAAUAUAUAAUAAAUAUCUAAUAUAGAAUAUAAACAAUUUUUAUUUUGUUUGUAUUAUACUUCUGUUUUGGGUUGUAAAUUAAUUUUUAUGCCAUUCCUUAUGCACUAAUAAAUUAACAAAAUUAUGUAUUUAUUUUGUAUUAUUCAGUUUACUGAUGCAGAACGGCUAAACAUACACUCCAAUAAUUUGAUGGGUAAAACAUCAUACAAUCAGUAACACCAAGCUGUAGACAAUUUUCGAUCUUCUUGUAGAGAAAUUCCUAUUGAAUCAAGUGAAAAAUCAGCAGAAAAGUCUCUGGUAGGAGAUCAUAGAAAGAUUGAAAAUUAUUUUAAAGCCGAAGAUAUUGUAGGAACAUUAUCCAAAAGAAUCCAAUUUGAUAUCAUAAAUAUCAUGUUUUUGAGACUACAUAUUUAGAGAAUUUCUGUUUUUACAUUUGUAAGGAAAUUUUUAAAAAAAUGGUAGUAAGUAAUUAUAAUUAUUUAUUUUUUUUUUUUUGAAAUAGAAACAACUUUUAAUUUUUUUAUAGAUGGAAAUGUAUAUAAUGUUUUUAAUUAUUUUAUUCUUUAAAUAUAUUUUGAUGGAAUGUAAAAUUUGCAUGGAAUUUGUACAAAAAAAAAUUAAAAACUGCAACAUUUCAAUGUGUAAAUUAAUAAAAAAAAUUGUAUAAUACUGAUCUUAAGCUUACAUAUUUUUAUUUUGGUCUUUGUGAUUUUAUGGAAUUAAAUUUUAAUAAUUAAUUUAAUGGUAUUCAGUUUAUGUUAAAUAUGAAUGUUGGGAUUUUAAAACCAAGUUUAAUAAGUUUUAUAAUAUAUAGAAUGUUAAUCUUAGCGUAGUGUAUAUUUGGAUUUAAAUUUGAAAGAGCUAGCUCUGGCAUCUGAAUUGUACAUAAUUGUAUUAUAAUGUAUACCUAAGUUAAAUAUCCAGACAUUUCAGAUAUAUAUCCAUUAACCAAAUAACACUGGUUGAGCAUUUUAUGCUAGUGUCAGUCAUUUUGCAUCUGACAUCAAAUUAUAUGAUAAUGAUGAAAGAUUUGAGAACAAUAUUUUUUAUACUAUGAUGUAUGCCAUUGGUGUAUAUGUAUAUCUUAUUUAUUCAUUAUAAUACAUUUUGUAUAUUUGCCCCCUUGCCAUGUAUUAAAUUAAUAUUGUACAAUUUGAUUAAAAAUAUAUUUGUAAUAUGAGGAUUCAAUAAUUGAAUAAAAUCAUUAAUAUAUGUUGUAAUAAUAAAUUUUAUAUGCCCAAAAUUUAAAUUGUUUUACAUGUAUUUAUAUAUAUAGAGGAGGGACUACCUGAAGUGGUAAAAUUUUAAAAAUAGUUUGUUAAUUUCUAAGUUGUUUAUAGUUUUUGUUAAUUCCAUAAACCGAAUCACCACAUUCUAUCACCUGUGUAAUGUUCAGCGGACUCCAUGGCACACCAGAAAACAUUUGAAGUUCUGAAAACAACAGUUGCUGCUUUUCCAAUAGCAACCACCAUAGCACAUGCAUAA